GAGCUGUCAACCGGAUCAAAGAAAUCAUCACCAAUGGUGUCGUCAAAGCAGCCACUGGGUCCAGCCCCACCUUCAAUGGGGCCACGGUGACCGUCUACCACCAGCCCGCCCCCAUUACUCCCUUGCCCCCAGCCGUGGGGCAAAAGACGCCUUUCCAGUCCGGCGGAGUAAGUAUUGCUAGAGGUGGAAUUUUUUCCAGCGUGGUAGCGUGAUGGACGGGACAUGUUCAGUUUAACUCUGCUCUCUGCUUCGGGUGGGUUGAU